GGCGCGGGGCCUGCACCUGCCCCAUGGCCCCGUCGCGCCGGCAGCUCGGCGUGCGCGCCGCCUACGCGGGGUUCGGCGCCCUGGCCGGCCUGUCCAUCUUCGUCGUCUGGACCGUGGCGUACCGGCAGCCGGGCACGGCGGCCGCGGGGGGACUCGCAGGUGUGCUGGCGCUCUGGGUGCUGGUGACGCACGUGAUGUACCUGCAGGAUUACUGGCGGACCUGGCUGAAGGGGCUGCGCGGCUUCUUCUUCGUGGGCGUGCUCUUCUCCGUGGCCUCCGUCACGGCCUUCUGCGCCUUCCUCGCACUGGCCGUCAUCCAGCACCAGAGUCUCACGGACCCCAACAGCUACUACCUCUCCUGUGUCUGGAGCUUCAUUGCCUUCAAGUGGGCCUUUCUGCUCGGCCUAUACGCCCACCGCUAUCGGGCCGACUUCGCCGACAUCAGCAUCCUCAGUGACUUCUGAGCCGGGGGUGGGGGUGAGGCCUCUGCAGCCUGGGGGGAUCCUGCACACCUGGACAC